AUGUUUUGUAGGGCACACAAGCCGGACGUGGGGAUCACGCCGUCGUCUUCGUGCGUGUUUGCGGCAAAAGUAGCUAAAAAGGCAUCCAAAUAUUUCGCUGAGGAUAUUUUCAAAUCAACUGUAGAGUAUGUCGGACAACGAAGACAACUUCGAUGACGGAGAUUUUGAUGAUGCCGAAGAGGACGAGGGAUUAGAUGAUUUGGAAAACGCGGAAGACGAGGACCAGGAGAAUGUACAAAUCCUACCAGCAGGGGAGGGCCAGCAAGCCAACCAGAAGAGGAUAACAACACAAUACAUGACAAAAUAUGAGAGAGCCAGAGUUCUGGGCACUAGAGCUCUGCAGAUAGCAAUGUGUGCACCUGUCAUGGUGGAGCUGGAAGGAGAAACGGACCCCUUACAAAUCGCUAUGAAAGAGCUCAAGUGUGGAAAGAUCCCCAUCAUCAUCCGCAGGUACCUUCCAGACGGAAGCUAUGAAGACUGGGGCUGCGAUGAGCUCAUCAUAAGUGAUUAAGAAGUAAAGCUGCUAAAGCUAAAGUGACCGCCGUUGUACCAGCAGUCAAGCACACACUGGGAACAACAGUGUAGUCUUCAUUCCUCAAAAGCUGCCACGAGACUGUCUUGAACAUUCAAUCAAAAACAAACUUCACUCUUCUGUUGAGCUGUUGCGCAGCAGCAUUAGAAGUAAGCGCCACAAGAUGGAGAUGUAACUUUAAUUGAACGUUUAACAAAAUAAGCCUGUGUAUUUUUCCAUUUGAUGUUUUGCUGGAGACGUGAUUAUUGUAAACAAAAUGUUUUAUUGUUUUGAAUAAACUUUUGAAUUACUAA